UUAUAGCACACGUAAACACAGACGAGACAAGGACAAGUCAGCUGUACAAAAACAUUGAAGCAGACAAGAAAGAAAAGGAAUAACCAUGACAAAUCUUAGUCCAAAAACUGUGGUGAAGAGUGUGGGUCCCUUUCUUGUUCCCUUCUUCAAGACUGUGGCCAUCUUUUUCGUUUUGUUUGGAGAUGACAGCAGAGAUGAAUCAAUAUUCUUCUGUAUAGUAAAAUGUCUCCCUAUUAUCUCCCUGAUCCUGUUCGUGAUCGUUCAUGGAAUGAACCAGACCGAAUACUAUCGCUACUCACGCCGAAUUCUGAUUGGUCUGGUUUUCUCCUGCUUAGGUGAUGCCUUCUUAGUGUGGCCCGAUUAUUUUGAAGUGGGCAUCUUCAUGUUUGCCAUAGCCCAGUUUUCCUAUGCGCGGGCUUUUGGAUGGCGUCCAAGGAAGAUCCUCCAUGGGCUUGGCUUCGCUUCUCUGGGAGCACUUGUCUACAUGUUCCUGGCCCCAGCACUGGAAGGUGUAAUGCUUUACAUAGUUGCAGCUUACAUAACCCUUAUCUGCACUAUGGCUUGGAGAGCAGUUGCUAGAGUAGAGUUCUACAAUGACCUGUGGACCUGGACCAAACUUUGCGGAUGCAUUGGCUCCAUACUUUUUGUUAUCUCAGACCUCACCAUUGCUGUAAACAAGUUCCGAUUUCCUGUACCUUUUCAACAUCAGAUUGUUAUGCUGACGUACUACGCUGCCCAACUGGGAAUUUCUCUGUCUGUCAUUGACAGCCCUAUCGAUGAGCUUCUAGAAAAGACCCUCAAAGUAUCAUAAAGUGGAGCCAUUUUGAACAACCCCUUAGGAAAGGGAUAAGAUCAUGCCAGUUCAUGCCAAAUGCAUCUCAUAGAGUUCAAUGGUCAUUGAUCAAACUGUAUAUUAAUUGUUGAUUUAUUGAUUAGUUAUUGUUAAUUAGUGUUAUAUUACUGAUAAUAAUCUGUUGAACUUUGCAAGCUUUUGCAGAUUUGUUUGUUUUUUCUUCAUUAAUUGUAGCUACAGUAGAGAGAUAGUCCUUUGUUGUGUUGGAUGGUUGACUUCAGUGUUAUAGUCAUUUCUGUGUGUUUAGAAUUGUGAAAUAGUGAUAGCUGAGGUUGAUUCCUGUGAAUGCUCAUACAUAUAUAACUGAAAGUUUAAGGUUUAUAAAAAUGAUUCUCUCUCACAUUCUUUUCUUUUCUGAAAUCAUGCAAUUACUGUUGGAUUACUUACAUCAAGAAU